UUUUCCUUUUCCUUUCCUUUGCUUUUUAUCUUUUAUUUUUAUAAGAAAAGAAAAAAAGCCAACCAAAAUGCGCAUUACGCAAACCGAAUAACUAGCUUGAUAAAGAAAGACACCGCCUCGUACUCGUGUCUUCUUUUGCUUCCUGUAUCUCUCUCUCUCUGUCUGCCUCUCUGUCUCUUCAAAUUGAGAAAAAUGGAAAACAAAGAUAACAACAAAAUCCCAUCAACAGAAGAAUCGAAAAUGCAAUGCCAAUGCGACAAUAACAAGAAAACCCCAUCACCGAAACAUCUUCAGCAAAUUGAAGAAGAUAAUGUCCGAGAAGAAGAGGAUUUCCUUGACGAGUUCCAGUGCUCUGUUUGCCUGGACCUACUUUACAAGCCAGUUGUAUUAGGAUGUGGCCACCUUUCAUGCUUCUGGUGUGUCUUUUAUAGCAUGAAUGGGCUGCGUGAGUCACACUGUCCAAUUUGUCGGCACCAGUUUAAUCAUUUCCCAAGUGUGUGUCAAUUGCUGCAUUUCCUGCUUAUGAAGAUGUACCCUAUAGCCUAUAAGAGACGGGAAAGAGAAGUGGGAGAAGAAGAAAAGAAAGGUGGCCGCUUUUCACCUCAGUUUGUUCAUCAUCCAUUUGGAUCACAUUCUGGUGAAGAGCUGGAUUUCCCAAGCUAUUCUCAGCAUUUCCCUAUUCAUCCUCAAAAUAAGUUGUGUUAUUUUCCAAAAGCAAUUGCUCAUAGAGAGGAAAAUAUGAAAAUUGUGCCAUCAACACUAUCAAGUAGAUCUGACGGAACUACAAAUGCAGCCAUUGAAAAUUGCAACUUGAUUGGGACAGAGUUUGGACAUGGAAUUAAGACUCAGGCCUCUGUUGCUGACUUGCUGUGUGCUGAAUGCAAGAAAUUGCUGUUUCAACCAGUGGUUCUUAAUUGUGGCCAUGUGUAUUGUGAAUCUUGUAUCGCCAGUCCCAUGCAAGGGAUUCCUAGGUGUCAAAUUUGUCAAAGUUUGCAUCCAAAUGGGAUCCCGAGUGUUUGUUUAGUCCUAGAGCAUUUUUUGGAGGAGCAGUUUUCUGAAAUAUAUGCAGAGAGACGAGAAGCUUUUGCCAAACAAACUGAUUGUUCAAGUUCAGCACAAACUCAACAAUUAGCUACGCAGUCAUCAUCAGUACCUGCUAAGGUCUAUUCAUCAUGGAUAUUUGGCAAUGGACCCAAGGUUCACAUUAGAGUUGGUUGUGAUUCUUGUGGGAUGAUACCAAUAAUUGGGGAGAGGUACAAAUGCAAAGACUGUUCAGAGGAAAUAGGUUUUGACAUGUGUGAAUCAUGCUACAACAAUCCCUCUGAAGUGUCAGGCCGAUUUAAUCAGCAGCAUAAACCAGAGCACAAUUUUGAGAUUGUGCCGCCACGGGGCAUUGGUGAAUUUAUAUACAUGCUGAAUCUUGAUCAGUCUGAUGACACAGAUGACUCAGAUGAUGAUGGACAUGAUUUUCUUGCUCAAGUCUUGUCAGAUGAUGCUCUACAGGAUGUAGAGGAUGGUUCUAAUGAUUUGUUAGAAGUUUCUGCUUUGGUUUUGUCAGUCGAUGUUGCACCAGAUCAAGAAGAUGAUCCUAGUGUCUCCUAGAUCAUCAGCUUUGACUAGAGAAAAUUGACAAGAUGCCUAAACAAUCAUAUCAAUACAAAAGGGUUCGGGUUUUGGACUUUCUUGAAGAUGGAACUCACAAAUUCCGCAUCCCCACACGUCGCAUGCAUAAUAAGCUUUGAAUUCGAAGAUAACACAUUCAAAAUGUAUCAUUUUCCAGCUCUACUUUGUUUGAAGCUAGAAAGCAAUGUGGUCUACCGAGAAGUUUCUUUGGCAGCAUAAAUGGCCUCUUCAUUAUCACAUCUCACAUCUUCCAUAUGAAAUGGCCACUUGAAUCUAUUACACCAACAAAAAACCACAAUAUAUUAACAUUACACCAACAACAAAACCACAAGAUAUUAACUUCAACGGCACUGCAUAUACUUGUAUUACUAUCAUAAAUUUCAGUUGUAAAACAUAUAUUGCGAUGCUAUUUAAAUAUUGGGGCCUGUUUUUCAGUA